GACUUUCAAGCAGCUCUGGAAGCAGCCCACCCAGGACUUUGGGACGUUUUUCUCUGCAGUGAUUGAUGACAAGUCUUUCGCACGGAUAAAGAAGUGGAUCGAGCACGCCAAGAAGUCGCCCAACCUCACCGUCCUGGCAGGAGGCGGCUGCGACGACAGCGUUGGGUACUUCAUCGAGCCGUGCAUUGUGGAGAGCAAAGACCCAGAGGAUCCCAUCAUGAAAGAGGAAAUUUUUGGCCCGGUGCUGACGGUGUACGUGUACCCCGAGAAGCGGUACCAGGAGGUGCUGGAGCUCAUCGACACCACAACGCCCUACGGCCUCACGGGGGCACUCUUCGCCCGGGAGAAGAGAGUCAUCGACGAAGCCAGGAACCUUCUGCGCAACGCGGCCGGCAAUUUCUACAUCAACGAUAAGUCGACCGGCGCCGUUGUGGCUCAGCAACCCUUUGGUGGCUCCCGCAUCUCAGGCACCAACGACAAACCAGGCGGCCCCCACUACAUCCUGCGCUGGACGUCUCCCCAGGCCGUCAAAGAAACGCACGUGCCCCUGACGGACUGGCGCUACGCCUACAUGCAGUGA